GCGUUGGGAUCCCUGGGCAAAGAUGAGCUGAUUUUUUGCAGGGGUGAUUCUGCGCGCGCACCAUUCCGCGACCCAUCCUGGAGGAAGUUGCUGAGCGGGCGUCGCCAUGAGGAACGAGGAGGAUGGACAGUGCGGAUGCGUUUUCGACUGGGAUCGCGUCCGGACGCCACGUCAGAAACACGUACAAACACACAAGGCCAAAUACCGUCAUCGUCCCCAUGUUCCCCUCACGACCUCCUCAUCUCAUACAUCCUCGUGUCUGUAAUAUUCGUACAGCUCUCUCGAUGCUCCUCAUAUGCGACGCAGAGCUUGGCGGCCUAUCUCAUACAUCCUCGUGUCUGUAAUAUUCGUACAGCUCUCUCGAUGCUCCUCAUAUGCGACGCAGAGCUUGGCGGCCUAACUCUGAUCUAUCGACUUCUAAGCUCAUCGCGAAGUUCAGAAAGGCUUCAGGCCUUGAGUAUACUCUCCCUGCUGCGAGAUGAAUUGGUCUUCGCACACUUCAAUUUCUACCACUCCCUGUCCCCUCGUAUACUCAGGAAUAUAUUCUUGAUGAUACCGCACGAUUUGCUCCAGCAACAUGUACCCGAACGGUCUAGCAAUAAAGUGGUACAACUAUCGCCAUGAAUCGCGAUGAAGGUUCAAAAAUUCGACGCAAAGCGCCCAGUGCUCGUCCAGCAGCGGCUACAUACACGACUGACCAUGGUCAACGUGCACCACCUUAAGUCUAUCGCACUGGCCAUCGAACAUCUUCCCGCGCUCCUCCAACGUUCAUCUCUCUAGCAGCCAAUCCACCCUUGGUUGCCCUUGACCCCAAACUUGCCUGCCCAUG